AACAUGUCAAAUCAGAAAUCAAUUAAACUGUCAGAAAUAAAUACUUUUAAGUGUUUUAUAACUUGAAGUAUGUCCUACAUGAAUAGACCUCUUAAUAAGAUCAAUAAAAGUAAUAGUCUGAGGUGUUUAAAAUACGUGCUCACCCGUCAAUCCCAUACGGAUAUAAUUGUGCCGGAUUUUACGAAAGACAUGAGAAACGAAGCCGCUCAACCAAACGUCCCGACAUCCCAAAAUGAGGUUCCUAGAAAAUUGGCCGCUUAUAUGGCGUCCGGGAUAUUGCUCACUAGUGGAAUGUAUGCGGCUAAAGCUGAGGUAUUUAGAUACGUAAACUAUAUGGCCGCCUCGGCGGACGUCUUGGCCCUGGCACAGAUCGAAAUAAAUCUGGCCGAUAUUCCGGAAGAUAAAAACGUCACCUUUAAAUGGAGAGGAAAGCCCUUGUUUGUCUGGCAUCGACCAGAAGCAGCCGUUAAAGCGGUUCGCAGUGUUCCUUUGAAUAUCCUCAGAGAUCCAGAGCGCGAUGAAGAUCGCGUUAAAGAUCCCAACUUUCUCGUUGUGUUAGGAGUGUGUACACAUUUAGGUUGUGUGCCAAUAUCACACCAAGGAGACUAUGGAGGAUAUUAUUGCCCCUGUCACGGCUCCCACUUUGACAUAUCUGGUAGGGCCAGACAAGGGCCAGCGCCCUCCAAUCUUGCUGUCCCAAAGUAUACUAUCACCGGAAAUACUAUGCUUGUUGGAUAAUUUUUUUUUAGUAUUUCAUAUUAAAUAAAUCAAAUAAUAAUCUAAGCGAA